UACACGUAACUGCCUGCCUUUCUUCCUUGUACUCCAUCCAAUUUCCUCUCCUCCUCUUCUCUUCUCUUCUGGACAUACUGGUGCAGGCCUAGUUUUAAUAUUUAUAUAUUUAUGUUGCAUUGAAUUGAAACGGAGGUUCGGAAUAAAGGGGAGUUGUAAAAAUGGCGGCUUUGCAAUCGGCACAGUCCCAGUUCAUGACCAGCUCCGCCAAUCGGAGCCUCUCCAAUGAGCCACUCAUUGAUAACAUUGAACACGACCAGAUUGUCGUACCUGAUAAGAAAAGCUGGAAAAACUUCUUUUCAUAUUUGGGUCCAGGCUUCCUUGUUUGUAUAGCUUAUAUUGACCCUGGAAACUUUCAGACAGAUCUGGAGGCUGGAGCUCAGUACAAAUAUGGGUUACUAUGGAUCAUACUAUUGGCCUCGUUUGCUGCUCUUCUAAUCCAAUCUCUUGCAGCAAACCUCGGAGUUGUCACAGGGAAGCAUUUAGCGGAGCAUUGUAGAAAGGAAUACUCCAGGGUGCCAAAUUUCAUCUUAUGGGUUCUUGCGGAAGUUGCUAUCGUUGCGUGUGACAUUCCUGAAGUGAUUGGAACAGCUUUUGCUUUGAACAUGCUCUUUAAAGUACCACUGUGGUGUGGUGUACUUAUUACGGGAUGCAGUACAUUGGUUCUAUUAUUAUUACAACAAUAUGGGGUGAGGAAACUCGAGAUAUUCAUUGCUUUCUUAGUAUUCACUAUUGUUGGAUGCUUUUGCGUGGAGCUUGGGUACGCAAAGCCAAACUCCUCUGAAGUUCUUGAAGGCCUUUUUGUGCCUAAACUCAAGGGAACUGGGGCUACUAAGCUUGCUAUUUCCCUUCUCGGCGCAAUGGUUAUGCCGCACAAUCUUUUCCUCCAUUCAGCUUUGGUGCUUUCUAGGAAAAUUCCAAGAUCUUUAAAUGGUAUCAAAGAGGCGUGCACAUUUUACCUGAUCGAGAGUGGCAUAGCUUUAAUAGUGGCCUUUAUCAUUAACGUGUGCGUUAUAUCGGUGAGUGGUGCAGUUUGCAAUUCCCCAAAUUUGAGCGAGGAGUAUCAGGAGAGCUGCUCAGAUUUGGACCUGAACAAAGCCUCAUUUUUACUGAAAAACGUUCUAGGCAAUUGGAGUUCCAAGCUCUUUGCGAUUGCGUUGCUAGCAUCAGGACAGAGUUCUACCAUAACGGGGACUUACGCUGGGCAAUACGUUAUGCAGGGUUUUCUUGAUUUAAGGUUGAAGCCUUGGAUUAGGAACAUGCUUACUCGGGGCUUAGCCAUCGUUCCAAGUCUAAUUGUUUCAAUUAUCGGUGGCUCUGCUGGGGCUGGAAAUUUAAUCAUUAUUGCAUCGAUGAUCUUAUCAUUUGAACUCCCCUUUGCUCUCAUUCCGUUGCUCAAAUUCACGAGCAGCAAAACCAAGAUGGGUGUACACGCCAACUCAAAAAUAAUUUCUGCGAUCACUUGGAUAAUCGGGUCAUUGAUCAUGGGAAUCAACAUCUAUUACCUUGCAGAGAAGUUAGUUACUUCCCUCAAGAACAGUGAUUUGAAGAUGGUGGGCAAGGUGUUGUGUGGAAUCUUGGGGUUCACGGGAUUGUUGGUCUACUUGGGAAGCAUCGCAUACCUAGUCAUCCGAAAAAACAAGGAACGCACCCACCUUCUCGCACUCGCUGCCGUCGAUGGGUCACCAAACGGCAACGAGCCAAGUCUACCCCGAGAGGACAUUCGGAGCAUGCAACUGCCGGAGAAGAGGUCUACUUUAGAUGUGGAGUGAAGGAGUGAUAGUAUAGGUCGGAAGAUAUAAAUGACAACCUAACUAGGUGGAAAUAGAGGUAGCAACAUGGAUAGUGGUUGGUGUUUUCUUUCCAUUUUGAUGUUAAGGUUUUAGAUAUCAUAAGCUGUACGUGUGUGACGUGCUAUUAAUGUUAAAAGUUUA